UAUGAUGGUUUGCAUGAUAUUACUGAUCGCCGCAUGUUGAGAUCUCUCGCUCUUCUUUGGGCAGUUUCCAGGCAGGAGCUCCCGGGUUCACAGUCGUAAUGGUGAACCUGGUGCGUUCAUGAGUCUGUCUACAUUGAUGUGAUUCUAAUCCGCAAAUUACGUUUCGUCAAAAUUUACAGAAGCGAGAAUGUCAACCAAGGUACCUGCAGAAUUUCGCUACUGUAGUCGAGUAUCAUGUAAGAUCCACGAACAUCAUUCGUGAUAUCUAAUUCAUUCAUCUUCCUUUCCAUCACCCCAAGGACGGACCACAUCGCGACCAUGAGACCCCAAUUCUUUUUCCGAUAGAACGCCUGCCAGGAACUCGGCAUAUAGGUUCAGAUCUACAUCCACCUCUCUUACGCCUGCAGCGCAAGCUGAGUAUCAAGACAUCAUAACGCCUACGCAGAGCUCCAGCAGGUCUAUGAGCCCUUCACAAAUCUCGGCGCAAACCCCUCCUCGUAUACGAUCUCUUACAACCGACAUUGAUGAAACCUUGCCGCAAUUUCUCAAUGUACCGGUUCCUAAUUUGAUACGUUCUGAGGUUUCGCGAGAGACUGAUCGACUACUCGCUCUUGAUCAGCACCCAGUAUGGGAUGCUUUGCAGGACGCCAUGUCUUCUAGCGCACCCAGCGAUGCUGCUGCACGUACUAGGCGAGAACGCGCAAGUCGCAAUCCAGGUGCGGUGGGAAAAGGGCGAGUUAUUGAGAGCGCUGGGCGAGGUAUCGACUAUGCUCGACCAAGGUAUGCAUCCAGAGGCUCGGAAGCCAUGCACGAACUAUUUCGAAGACUCGACCUUGACCAAGCAUUCGGCGAACUCUACGAGAGUGCACUCGAGCGACUUGGAGCAGCCAGCAAACCUUUCCAAUGUCCGAUCUGCUUCGAAACUAUGUCUAAUCCUGCCAUCAUCGUGCCGUGCGGCCAUGUCUUGUGCCAACCGUGCCUUGAUCAGUUGCGCCGGAUUGCGUGGAGCGAUGGAAAACGGAUGCGAUGCCAUUUCUGCCGAGGAGACUUGAUCAUGUCCACUGACUGGAAGUCUGUGCGUAACAAGUAUGGACUGGAAGAGGAAAGUAGGGAUGCUGACAAGCCGGCUGCUGAAGACAGGCAAGACGAAGGGGAAAGAGGUGGCAUAGUUGGUGGCAUGGUGUCUAUGUUGAGAAGAGCUGUGAAUGAUAUGAGAGGCUGGAGUGAAGCAUAAUAGCAUCUCUCGGAUGUAAUAGUGGAAGCAUGGCUCUCUCGCGCAAGGACGUGGAUG